UAGUCUUCAGAGACGCACUCGACCUUCCUGCUCCGAAGAGCUGGCCUGAUGUCCUCCGGUCGCGCUCCGCAGGUUCUUACUUUUCCAAGCCUAGAGGGCAGUGCAUGAAGCCAGGGGUCAUCAGCCAUGCUCCAGACAGUGUGGUUCCAGGGCUUGAGCAAGAACCUGUUGUUUCAGGAGCCAGUAACCUUUGAGGAUGUGGCUGUGUACUUCACCCAGAAUGAAUGGGCCAGCCUGCACCUUAAGCAGAGGGCCCUAUACAGGGAGGUGAUGCUGGAGAAUUAUGAAAAUGUGACUUCCUUGUCAUUUCCAUUCCCCAAACCAGAUCUGAUAUUCCAGCUGGAGCAAGGAGAAGCAGCAUGGGGUCCAGAUCCCUGGACACUUGCUGGGGGAGAGGCCCUGAGAGGCAUGUGCACAGGUAGUAAAACCAAGACUAAGAAUGAGGAACAAACUGCACAGCUAAACAUUUCUAAAGAAUCAGAGUCCCACAGACUGAUAGUGGAGGGACUGCUGAUGGACGUUCCCCAGCACCCUGACUUCAAGGGGUUAGAGAAGUCACAGCUACAUGAUACAGGGAAGAAAACAAAGACAGGGGAUUACACAGAUUUGACAGUCCAGGAUCAUGAAUCUUCCACCAUUGAAAGGGAGGAGAUAGCCAGGAAAUUGGAAGAAAGUAGUGUUAGCACACAUCUCAUUACAAAGCAGGGCUUUGCCAAAGAACAGGUGUUUUAUAAAUGUGGUGAGUGUGGCAGUUACUACAACCCACAUUCAGACUUUCACCAGCAUCAGAGAAUUCACACUAAUGAGAAGCCCUACACAUGCAAAGAAUGUGGGAAAACCUUCAGAUAUAACUCAAAACUGUCACGGCAUCAGAAAAUCCACACUGGAGAGAAACCAUACUCAUGUGAGGAAUGUGGACAAGCCUUCGGUCAAAAUUCCCACCUUCUUCAGCAUCAGAAGCUCCAUGGUGGACAGAGGCCCUAUGAAUGUACUGACUGUGGUAAAACCUUCAGCUAUAAUUCAAAACUGAUUCGGCAUCAGAGAAUCCAUACUGGGGAGAAGCCCUUUACAUGUAAGGAAUGUGGGAAAGCCUUCAGGUGUAGCUAUGACUGCAUCAUCCAUGAACGAAUUCACACUGGGGAGAAGCCCUAUGAAUGUAAGGAGUGUGGGAAGAGUUUGAGUUCUAAUUCAGUUCUGAUUCAGCAUCAGAGAAUCCACACUGGGGAGAAACCUUAUGAAUGUAAAGAGUGUGGCAAGGCCUUCCACCGCAGUUCGGUAUUUCUUCAGCACCAGAGGUUCCACACUGGGGAACAACUCUACAAAUGUAAUGAAUGUUGGAAAACUUUCAGUUGUAGCUCCCGCUUUGUAGUGCAUCAGAGAAUCCACACUGGGGAGAAACCCUAUGAAUGCCAGGAAUGUGGGAAGACAUUCAGUCAAAAGAUCACUCUGGUUCAGCAUCAGCGAGUUCACACUGGGGAGAAACCUUAUGAGUGUAAGGAGUGCGGGAAAGCCUUCAGAUGGAAUGCAAGUUUCAUUCAGCAUCAGAAGUGGCAUACUAGGAAGAAACUCAUCAAUGGAACAGGGCUAUCCGCAGUUAAGCCCUACUGUCCCUCCUCCAUCCUCUCUCCUCUGCCUCCCCAACAUACCUGCUCUGCCCCAACCCCACCAGGGCCUCCCUUAUCUUCUUCACAUGCAGUGGUACUUCCUCCCUCUGUGCCUUUCUUCCUGCUGCUUCCCUCAUCUGAAAAGGCCAGCCCUUCACCUGUCCAAAUAGUACAUUUUUUUCAGGAUCUCGCUUUUCCUGGGAAGUCAUCCCCUCAUAGCACGAAUCCUUUGUCUCACUCCCUGUAAGCCCCGUCACGUCCUCAAUAUCCUUUGCACCUCAAGUUAGGGAUUCCAGUGGUCUCCUGAUUGUGUCUAUUGAUAUUCCUCUGGUCUUGUCUUGUAUGAGUUGUUAUUGUUUUCCUAACUUCAUUUUAAAUUCUCACACUUAAGGACCAUGUUUGAUUAGUUUCUUUUAUCCCUCGGGUAGGAAAUGGCAGUACUUAUUCUUUAUCGUGUCCACAUUUGGGCUGUAUUAUCAGUCUGCAUCUCUCUUCUGGGGCUACUGGAGUUGGAAGAGUUUGCAGAACAUUUUGGGGUUUAGGGCAUAUGACAUUAUGAUUAUGAUGAGAUGGGGCAUUAUAAUUAGAGACUAGGAGAAAUACAAAACCUGUGGGAGAACAUAAUCAGAUAAAGUGUCCAGUGAUUGCUUUCAGGAGUUUUUUUUUUUUUUUUUUUUUUUUUUGGGGCCAGAGUUUCACUCUUGUUGCCCAGGCUGUUUGCAAUGGUGCGAUCUUGGCUCACUGCAACCCCCGCCUCCAGGGUUCAAGUGAUUCUCAUGCCUCAGCCUCCCGAGUAGCUGGGACCACAGGCAUGCACCACCACACCCCGCUAAUUUUGUAUUUUUAGUAGAGACAGGGUUUCACCAUGUUGGCCAGGCUGGUCUCAAAAUCCUGACCUCAGGUGAUUCACCUGCCUCAGUCUCCCAAAGUGCUGGGAUUACAGGCAUGAGCCACUGCAUCUGGCCUGCUUUCAGGAGUUAAGGAGGGCCAUUUGGUGGACCAGGGGCAAGGCUCACUGAAAGAAUUUAAGACUUGGAAUUUUUUAUUACCUUGAUAGUAUAAAAAAUUAUGAGGGUCCUGUUUAUGCAAAAGGAUAAUAAAGUGAUGAGUUGGCAUUGAUAGCAAUAAUGUAAAAUUAUGUCUUUGAGCUUUAUUGGAAGGGGAUAUGGUUUUUCAAUUUGGGUUCCUUCUCUGUUUUCAUUUUCCUUUGUUUUUGAGACAGAUUCUUGCUCUGUCAUCCAGGCUGGAGUGCAAUGGUGUGAUCAUGGAUCAGUGCAGUGUUGACCUUCGGGGCUCAAGCAAUCCUCCCACCUCAGCUUCCCAAGAAGCUGGGAGAUAGUGCAGUCUCCCGGCUUCUCAGAGGGCUGAGGUGGGAGAAUUGCUUGAGCCCUGGGGGCAUACGCCACCACACCCAGCUAAUUUUUGUAUUUUUUGCAGAGACAAGAGUUUUGCCAUGUUGCCCAGGCUCGUCUCAAACUCCUGGAUUCAAAUGAUCCUCCCACUUCAGCCUCCCAAAGUGCUGGGAUUACAGGCAUGAGCCACCAUGUCCAGCCUCUAUUGCUUUUCAUAUCUGUUGAAUUUAAGUACCCACUCAUAUAUGUAGGUACAAAAAGUGACUUGGACUUGUACCCUUUAGGGUAGAUGCCUGAGUAUAGUAAUCUCUAAAGCUGUACAUGGAUGGAACUUGUUGGCAUCACACUGGUGAGCACCAGAGGCAAAGAAGAGAAACCUGACCAUGACUUGUUGUUCCUCAGAAGUGAGUCCAUUCCUGAUGAGUUACUAUGCAGGCCCUUGGAUAUGUUCUCACACCUACUCCAGAUUUCCCUAUGAUUAAAUCUGAAUUUUAUUGGUGGCACUUUUAAAUUAAUUUUAUAAAGAUCUGUUUUGGUGACACCGAGAAAUGUUUUCAGUGUGCAGAUUGCUAUCAUUUGAAUAUCCCCAGCAAAAUUUAUGUUGAAACUUAAUCCCCAUUGUAACAGUACUGGGUGGGGGAGUCUUUAAGAGGUGAUUAGGAUUAGCCAAGUUCAUCAGGAUGGAGCCUCCAUGUUGGGACUGGUGGCUUUAUGAGGAGAGGAAGAACAACCCGAACUGGGACACAUGCUUGCUCUGUCUUGCCUUUUUAUGCCUCCUGCCAUGUCAUGAUGCAGCAAGUAAGCCCUCACCAGAUGCCUACACCUUUAUAUUGGACUUCUCAGCCUUCAGAACUGUAAACUAAAUAAACCUCUAUUCUGUAUCAAUUACCCAGUCUAUGGUAUUCAGUUAGAGCCACACAAAAUGUAACAAGACAGAAUAUUGGUAGCCAUAAGUAGGUUUGCUGCUCUGACAUUUACAUAAAAAUGUAGAAGUGGGCCGGGCACGGUGGCUCACGCCUGUAAUCCCAGCACUUUGGGAGGCCGAGACGGGCGGAUCACGAGGUCAGGAGAUUGAGACCAUCCUGGCUAACACGGUGAAACCCUGUCUCUACUAAAAAUACAAAAAAUUAGCCGGGCGCAGUGGCAGGCACCUGUAGUCCCAGCUACUCGGGAGGCUGAGGCAGGAGAAUGGCGUGAACCCGGGAGGCGGAGCAUGCAGUGAGCCGAGGUCGCGCCACUGCACUCCAGCCUGGGCGACAGAGCGAGACUCCGUCUCAAAAAAAAAAAGAAAAAAAAAUGUAGAAGUGGCUUUGGAACUGAGUAAUGGGUAGAGGCUUGAAAAAUUUGGAAGAUCAGGUCAGACAAAGCCUGUAUUAUCUAAUGGAGCAUUAAGGGUGAUUUUGGCCAAGGCUUAGAAGAGAAGACUAGGGAAAGUCUGAAUCUUCUUAGAGAUUACAGUAGGUCCUUGAACAACUUGGGUUUCAACUGUGUGGGUCCACUUACGGACUUUCUUCUGCCUCUGUCACCCCUGAGAUGGCAAGACCAGUCCCCCUCCUCUCCCCUUCUCAGCCUGCUUAACAAAAUGACAAGGAUACAGACCUUUAUGAUGAUUCAUAUAAUAUAGUGAAUUAUAUUUACUAAAUAUAAUUUCUCUUAUGAUUUUCUUAAUAUUUUCUCUAGCUUUAUUAUAAGAAUAUAGUGUUAAUACGUAUAACAAAAAAUAUGUGUUAAUCGACUAUGUUUCAGUAAGGCUGUGGUCAACAGUAGACUAUUAGUAGUUACAUUUUUGGGGAGUUAAAAGUUAUACAUGGCAUGGGGGUUGGUGCCCAUAACCCCUGAGUUGUUCCAGGGUCAGCUGUACUUAGGUGAUCAUGACAAGAAUGUUGAUAUAAAUAUGGACAGUAAAGGCCAUUCUGAUGAAGUCUCAGAUGGAACUGAAUAAAAUGGUAUUGGAAACUGGAGCAAAGGCCAUCCUUGUUACAAAGUAGCAAAGAAUUUGGUUGAGCUGUGCCUGUGCCAGGCUUUAUGGAAGGCAGAAUUUAAGACUGAUGAACUAGAAUAUCUGAUGGAAGAAAUGUCUAAGCAGCAAAAGCAUAUAGGCUAUUGCAUGGCUAGUUUGAACUGCUUACAGUAAAAUAAGAGGAAAGAGAUUAUUUAAAGACAACUUACAAUUGAAAGGGAAGUAGAGUGGAAAGAUUUGGAAAACUCACAGCCUAGAAGACUGCCACCAACACCCCCAAACUAUAGAGCUACUAAUGGGCAAUACCAGCCUGGGAGAGCUGUGGUCAUGAGACUCCGACCUCAGAGAGCUGAAGUAUGGACCCAGCCCAGCAAAGCCACAGGGGUGGGGCUGCCUGAGGCUUUGGAGGCCCAAACUUCUGAGUGUGUCCAGAAGAUUGCACAUGGACUGAAAGAGCAUUCUGAAGUUUUAAGAUUUAAUGGCUUUUUUUUUUUUGGCUGGGUUUUAAACUUACUUGGGACCAGUUACCCCUUUUUUUCUUGCCUGUUUCCCCCAUUGGAAUGGGAAUGUCUAUCUUAUGCCCGUUUCACUAUUGUAUUUUGGAAGUAGAUAACUUGUUUUGACUUCACAGGUUUACAAGUGGAGAGAAAUCACUUCGGGAGGAAUCAUCCCUUGAGUUAUGCCCAUAUCAGAUUCAGAUGACACUCUGGACUGUUUGAGUUGAUAGCUAAGUGAAUUAAGACUUUUGGGGCCAGUAGGAUAGAAUGAGUGCAUUUUGUAUGUGAGAAGGUCAUGAGUUUGGAGUCAGUUGGCAGGGGCAGAAUGCUAGGGUUUAAAUGUCCCCACCAAAACUCACGUUGGAACUUAAUCCCCGCUGAGCACGGUGGCUCACGCCUGUAUUCCCAACACUUUGGGAGGUCAGGAGUUCAAGACCAGCCUGGCCAAUUUGAUGACACUCUAUCUCUGUUACAAAUACAAAAAUUAGCCAGGUGUGGUAGCAGGUGCCUGUAAUCCCAGCUACUCAGGAGGCAGAUGGAGGAGAAUCGCUUAAACCCAGGAGGGAGAGGUUACAGUGAGCUGAUAUCACGCCACUGCACUCCAACCUGGGCAACAGAGUGAGACUCUGUCUCAAAAAAAAAGAAAGAAAGAAACUUAAUCCCCCCAUUGUAACAGUAUUAAGAGGUAGGGCUUUUAAGAGAUGAUUAGAACUAGACACAGUUAUCAGCUUGGGGCCCCUAUGAUGGGACUGAUGGCUUUAUAAGAAGAGGAAGGGAGACCUGAGUUGACAUGCAUGCUUUUGCCAUCUUGCCAUGUGAUGCUUUCCAUCAUGUUAUGACACAGCAAGAAGGCCAGAUAUGGCCCCUCCACAGUUCCCAGCCCUCAGAACCAUGAGCUAAAUAAACUUCUUUUCUUUAUAAAUUA